AUGCUUGAGCGGCUUGAACAACUCGCGACUGCUGAUCAUCUCGUGGCCGAGGCUCUUUCCGGCCGAGAUGUCGCUCGCGUCCUGGAAGCCGUGGAGCGUGCACUACUAUCGCAACCAGAGGUCUUUGCGGAGGUAGUAUCACAGCUAACUGGCGACGACGUUGAGGUUGGUUUCGGAGCGCACCUCGGCAGUAAACCGGGAUGGCGACCGAUUAGCACUCAACGGGAGAAGUUUGCACACUCUGGGCGAACUGGUUGCUCUCCCGACCAGCACCUCGCUGAGGCGGCCAGGGCAAGGGGGAAUGCGUUCUUUCAAAAGGCGCAGUACGACGCCGCAGUGGAGUCGUACACAGAAGCUCUGCAGUACCAGUCCGCGCUUCAUCCCACGGGCCGUGCCGCCGCCAGUCGCCUCUUCAGCAACCGCGCGGCUGCACUGCUGCGACUGCACGCAGCAGCGACCGCCUCCACGAGCAGGACCACCAGCACCACUGCCUCGUCCUCAGUCGCGAUCGCCGCCUCGUCUUCCACUGCCGCGUCCUCCCCGUCGGGCUGUACGUCAUCUGAUCCCCAAUCACCGCCUUCGCUGUUAGCUCUCGGUGACCUGAGGGGUGCCGUACAUGAGUGCCGUACAGCCCUUGCGGUGGAAGCUUCCUUGGCCUCAGGGGCGGCUGUGGGAGCCGGAAAGGGACGCGGCAGCAGCGGGCAGGGCGGAGGCGCCGUCACAGCUGCCGUACCGGUUGGCGAGGCGGCGGCGUUGCUUGCAGAGCUGCAGCUGCAGCUUGAUCCGGAUCCGCAUCGGGGUGGAAGUCAGGAUCCGGAACCAGGAAGUAAGGCGCAGGGGCAGGAGCAGGAGGGGGGAAGCAGGCAGAGGAGCGCAGCCGGAACGACGGCCGUACAGGGGGAGGCUCCUGGCGGCAGCGGCAAAGGCAACGCUAGCGGCAGCGGCAGCGGCAGCGGAAGGGGAGUAGGAGUAGGAGUAGGAGUAGGAGGAGCAGGAGGAGGAGGAGAAAGAAAACAAUUCCAAGGGGCGGAUGGAGCGGCCCCCGAGGGCGAGGGCGAGGUGGAGCAGAGGCGAUUACCAGUACGACGCGUAAUCGACACACGGAUCGUUGAGGCGUACACAUCAGAGCUCGGCCGCCACCUUGUCGUCUCCCCCGACGCAUCAUCACCGUUGCCGCCCGCCACAGACGUACUGUACGACAGUCCCUUGGCGGCGGUGCUGUGUAAGCGCUGGCGGCGGCGCGGUCGCGGUCGCGGUCGCGGCGGGGCCGGCAGCGGCGUUGGUGGUUGCAGAAGCCCGAGCAACUCGGUAUUGCGAUGCUGGCGUUGCACGGCAGUCCUGCAGGACAAGCCCGGCGCGGUGUCGUACCCGUGUCUGUACUGUCCGAUGGCGAUGUACUGCAGCCUGUACUGCAGUCUGGGCACUGAUGACCUCAUCCGUACUGCCGUACUAGCGACAACAACCGCUGCCGCCUACCGGUCCGCAUGCCACGUGGCGUUGCGGCGUUGGCACCGGCAACGGUUGCAGCCGCCUCUGGAGCUUCAAGAUGAUGAUGAUGAUGAUGAUGAUAACGAUGAUCAUCUUGAUGAUCUUGAUGAUCUUGAUGAUAUUGUCAAGGGGAAAGAGGAGGAGGAGGAGGAGAAGGAGGAGAAGGAAAAUCUGGAGCAGCAGCGGCGGGAGCGACGGCGGCGACGGCGGUUGCAGAGCGGUGCCGUACCCGUCGGGGGGCUACGGCCGCCAGAGGUGACGGCGCGUGAGAUUUUCCUGACGAUGUGCCGAGUGCGGGUCAAUGGCAUUGCCGUACGACCUGACGUGAUGACAUCACCGUACGACAGGUUGGCGCUGGCGCUGUAUCCCCGCGCUGCCUUGCUCAACCACAGCUGCGUGCCAAACCUUGGGCUAAGGUUUCUUGGGCUGCGUCUGGUGGCUCGCAGCUGUCGGGAGGUUCUCCCGGGCCAGCCGCUCACCAUCAGCUACGGGCCCCAGCAGGGCAAGAUGCCCCGGGCUUCGCGAGUUGCGGCGUUGCAGGCCCAGUAUGCGUUCUCGUGCGGGUGUGAUGCUUGUGCCACUGACCCACGGGUCACCGGCCAUACGGCAGAGCUGGAGGCGGCGUUGUGGGGACUCAAGUGUCCUGGCUGCAGCACCUGGCGAGGCGACGACACGCAACAAGAGCAGGGAUCGAGAACAGACAAUGCGCGGCCGUCGGCAGAAAGCGAACCGCUAGUUGCGCUGGUGUACGGCGCUGUGCAGUAUAUGUCGUACAACCUGAUUGCGCUGCAGUUGGUGUACGGAAGCUGUUGUACGGAGGUGCUAUAUGAAUUGGAGCCGCCGGCCAGCGGUCCUUUGUGUGCUGCCGCCAGCUCCGAAGAGGGCGGCGGCGCCGGCGACAGUAGCGCUGCCGGUGGCGGCGGUGCCGCCGCCAUCGCCGCUGAUACGUCAGAGCUAGAGUGUCUGUGGAGGGGUACUCGCGCCCUGUACGGCUGCCUCGGCUGGCAUGUGCUGGGACGGAGGCUGUAGAAGUGUACGAGCAAAAAGACAAAGUUGAAAUCUAAGAACGUCAACAGAAAAUUUUGUUAUAAAACCGAAAGCAAGCAACGAAAAAGCGAGAAGGUAGGAAGAGGAACGGAACGUACGGCGGUGCUGUACGGUGCACUUCGUUCGUUGCCAGUAUUAUUACAUAUCGGCAUCGCGGUCUGGAGUUCCGUAUUCCCGUACGAAACGCAAACGAUAUUGAGUUGUUUCAAAAAAAAGUUGGAAACUUUAAAAAAUUAAACGCCAUGUAUGCUGUAUGAAUGAACGGAGUAGGUGCCGUAUUGUGUGUAAGAAUGUGGUUUUG